AUGGUGGAUAAAUGUUGUAAGGCGACGGACGAGACAACUCGAGGAACUACUACAAGAUCCGCUCAUAAGAAGAAACGAGGUUGGAUUCUCGCCGAAGAAUGGAAAAGUGGAGUGAUUAAGAAGCGACCACGGAUUGAAAAAGCUGUUCCUCGACAUACCAUUAAGACUGAGGUUAUCCGUGAGCCCCCUCCACCAAUCAACAUCGAGGAAAUCCUACGUGAAACAGCAUCAUCAGUUGAAUCAUCAUCAACACCGCCCUCGUCCCCGCCGCCUCCAAGCGAAUCGAGUACUGGGAUGCAGUCGGGUCCGUAUAGAUGGACAGCAGAAGAGAAUCAACGAUUCGUAGAUGCAGUAGGUCUCUAUGGACGAGAUUGGCAGAAAGUACAUGCACAUGUUGGAACGCGAACUCGCGCUCAAAUACGAUCUCACGCCCAGAAGUAUUUCCAGUCGCUGAACCAACAAAUGGCUGCUAUCGUUGAGCCGAUCAGCGAAGCAGAAACACCUUCUGGAGAAGCUGAGGCGAACUCUGUGGAGAAGGGAGCGGCAGUCGCGGAAAAGGAAGAAGUUGAUACCACACGAAUGUCAACGGAUGAUCAGGAGGUUACCAAGCUCAUGAUUUUCACAUUGGAUUUGUCGUAG